AGAAGAUACAAAUUUGAAAGAUACGUUCUUGAUCAAAAACAAUAAUACCGCUAUUGUUGUUGGUGAAAAAAUAAUUAUGAAAAGUUCGGAGAGAACAAAGUUCAAGAAACGGAUAAUGAGUUUUGAUAUGACUGGUUAUACUUCUUGGAAGAGCAAUACUACUACUGAUGUUGUCACUUGGUCCUGGAAAGAUGAGUUAGACAAGAAACAGGAUAGUGAUCAUCACGAAGAAGACGACGAGAAUGUGUGUCAUGAAGAGAGUUUGAGGAGAGAAAAGGAUCUCAAGAGACCCAUGGUUGAUGUAGAAAGAAGAAUAAUUCGUGGAAGCUCUUCAGGUCUAAAACGAGAAAGAUCCCUCAGUGAUGAUCAAGAAGAUGAAGAAAAAUUAUGUGUUCCAAAGAAGAGGAAUUUCAUCAAGUUCAAGAGGACAAAAUCUGAAUCAGAGCAAAUCCCACAUGCUGAACUACCUGAAAAUGUCAAGAAUCGGAUCAAUCAGUUAGGCAAACGAGUAAAAGAGGUGAAAUUGAUAAUCCAGAAAGAAAUAUACAAAACGGAUGCUAGUGAAAGUCACAAUCGCCUGUCGAUACCAGCAGCACAAAUUACGGAUAAAUUUCUGAGAGAUAAAGAAGAAGAGCAUCUCUGUAUGCGCAAUGGAAAGAAAGUGAAUCCACUGGAAGUCCGAGUGAUCGAUCCAUCCCUCAAGAUUAGUGUACUGGAGUUGAGGAGAUGGGAGAUGAAGAAAGUGAGGAAGGAAGUGAUGAAGAGUUUGAACUCUAAGCAGAAACAAAAGGAAGAAUCUAAAACAAGCGUAAGUUAUGUGUUGAAUGGGAAAUGGACGGAAAUGCGUAUCGCCAAUGGUAUCGAAGAGGGCCAUAGAAUUCAAAUUUGGGCUGUUCGAAUGGAUGACGACGACGAGUUGAUUAUUGUUCUAGUAAAGCUUCCUGAUGAAGUUACAACAGAAGAAGAAGAUGUUCGGAUUGAAGAGCAAGAAGCUGAAGAUUGUGCUGAUAGUAAAUUUGAUAAAACUAAUGUUGCUUCUACAAGUAAGCAGUGUGGAGACUUAGUAUUAGGAGUACGUACAGACAACAACAUUCAUUGAAGAACUUGACUUAGUAUAAUGUUUAUGAUUAUGUUGUAAUUUGUGCAAGCAAAAAGAAAAGUAAGAAGGAGUGAGUUUGAUUUAUAAGAGUAUAUAUAUGUUAAAGCAUGUCCUGUAGUAAUAACUUUGUGCAGAAAAUUUUAU